AUUUUUUAUAGAGAUGGGCAUGAAAAUCCAAUGUGACAUAGCCUGGGCAUAUUUUUUCCCUCUUCCCAUUGCGGUUCCUCUUAUGAUGUCUCUAGAAACUGACUUCUACAUUUUUCCUUUGAUCUUGCAGGUGUUCAGGUCUAAAGGAUGAGAACAUUUUUCCCCUUUCAGACUUUGAAGCUUAAGCCCAUCUAUAAUCCUAAAAUUGCGUCCCUCAAAAGCCUACUUCAUUUUAUGCGGCCCACCAGCACUGACUUCUACAUGGCUUUCCCUGGAAAAAAGUCCAAGAAGCAUUAACUCCUCUGUGCAGGAAUUGAUCUUUAUCUCUUUGAAAAAAAUCUUCACCAUUCAAAGGAAAAAAAAAAAUGAGUGGCCUUUUCUCAACAAUAUCUUCUUCUUCACCAAUUUCAUCAAGAUCACAGCUUUUGCACCAAACUAAUUGUUCUUUCAUCAACAACCCAAAUCCCAUCAUCAUUAGGUGUUGUGAUGACGCAGAAAGAUUAUUGCUGCACCAUGAUUACAACAAUAAACCUCAAGAACACAAUGGUUUAGCAGGCUUCCCUGAAAAGAACCUCGUACUGAAUCAUACUUCAGGACAAGUUCUGUUUAAGAAACCACCUCGGCCCAGAAGAAUCAUACUGGUGAGGCAUGGGCAGAGUGAAGGAAAUGUGGAUGAAGCGGUGUAUACGAGAGUGGCCGACCCGAAAGUUGGGCUAACCGAAAAAGGGGUCGCAGAGGCAGAGGAAUGUGGGAGGAAGAUGAGGGAAAUGAUUGAGGCCGAUGGAGAAGAGGAUUGGAAAGUGUAUUUCUAUGUUUCGCCUUACCGGAGAGGAAUCGAAACGCUGCGGAAUUUGGCUAAGGCAUUUGACCGUUCAAGAAUUGCUGGUGUUAGAGAAGAGCCCCGGCUCAGAGAGCAAGAUUUUGGAAAUUUUCAGGAUGAAGCACAGAUGAAAAUUGAGAAAGCUGUUCGUGCUCGUUAUGGUCGUUUUUUCUAUCGAUUUCCCAAUGGGGAAUCUGCUGCAGAUGUUUAUGACAGAAUAACAGGCUUUAGGGAAACACUUAGAACUGAUAUAGACAUUGGGAGGUUUCAACCACCUGGAAAACAAAGUCCAAACAUGAACUUGGUUCUGGUUUCACAUGGACUUACAUUGAGGGUGUUUCUGAUGAGGUGGUACAAGUGGACUGUUGAGCAAUUUGAAGGUCUACACAACAUGGGAAAUGGUAAAAUGAUCGUCAUGGAAAGAGGCUAUGGUGGAAGGUACAGUUUGUUGAUGCAUCACAGCAAGGAAGAGCUAAAGAAGUUUGGGCUCACAGAUGAAAUGCUUAUUGACCAGGAAUGGCAAACAAUAGCCAAGCCGGGUGAACUAAAUUAUGAUUGUCUCAUUACCGGACCAUCUUACUUCACUCACUUUGAUGAAGACAAUGAGGGAUAACAAAACCUUGCAACAGAGAGAAGAAAUCUAAUCAGGUAAGGGAAAUACAUAUAUAACUCAGUUAGACCCGUUACGGUAUCAUCAAUAAAAUUCCCAUUCCCAGCAAAAUAAAGAAGGGAAAAACAAUUUUUUUUUUUUAGGGUUUUGAUCAUCUCUUGAUGCAAAUGGUUCACAAAAAGUCACUCGAUCACGAUCAUCAAGAAGAAGAAGAAAAAGAAGGCGAGAUAUACAUCCUGACGCUUCCCGUUCCUUCAAGAAUUAAACGAACUUGUAGUUUCAUCAAUGUCAAAUCUCCUUCCCAAUUUUCUACUAAGAAGAAGAAAAAUAGGUCCAGAAGGUGUCACAAAAAGGUGGGCUUACCGGGAUUUGAGUGUCGUUGGGGCGGAACAUUCUCCGGCAUUCAUCGGUACCUGAAAGCGCAGGCAUGUAAGCGACUUCAAGACUACAGGUCGCACUGCUCUGAAAAAGGCUACACCGAUUUCUGUAGCUGACAAGUUGGAGUAGACUUUGAUUAAUGAGUAUGUAAUCUUAUUUCUGUAGUGAUUUUGUCUUAAAAAAUAAGAUGUAUCAAUCGAACUAAUUUUCUUUUUGAAUGAAGAAGUCAUUUCCUAUUCUUUUUUUUUU